UCUUCCUUGUCCUCCUCCUCCACUGCAGGCGCCACCCCAAGGCCAAGUCUUUCCAUUUGCAUAGAGGGCUAAAAAGGGAGCUGACAGAACAGGGCAGGUGGUAACGGCCAACAGACUGAGGAGGAAGGAGGAUCAGCCUCCAGCACUGAACGCCCGCUGUCUUGCUCAGACAGAACCGCAGAACAACAUCACACCAGUAGGAGCAACCUGAGCAGAGGUUUCUGAAUCCAGCCCAUAAACUGUUCCCAUGUGGAGUGGCAGUGAGCUGAGCCAGGCUGGGUGACGGAUCAACAGGGGAUCUUCAUCCUCUAACAGGCGCCACCCCAAGGCCAAGUCUUUCCAUUUGCAUAGAGGGCUAAAAAGGGAGCUGACAGAACAGGGCAGGUGGUAACGGCCAACAGACUGAGGAGGAAGGAGGAUCAGCCUCCAGCACUGAACGCCCGCUGUCUUGCUCAGACAGAACCGCAGAACAACAUCACACCAGUAGGAGCAACCUGAGCAGAGGUUUCUGAAUCCAGCCCAUAAACUGUUCCCAUGUGGAGUGGCAGUGAGCUGAGCCAGGCUGGGUGACGGAUCAACAGGGGAUCUUCAUCCUCUAACAGCCCACCUCACAUUCAGCUCUCCGCAUCUGAACGGGUCCACCCCCUCACUCUGAAGACGUCAGAGAGAAUUCACAGAGCAAUAAAGACCAAAGUGUCAAAGAGACGACUUUGACAAAGAGAGGAAUCUUUACAUCUUGCAAGAUGGGAGAAAACACUCCACAGAUCUGGCACAUGCAGAUUCUUGGGCAUGAAGUUCCAGGUGAGCUGCAGAAGAAGAUAUCGGUGGCCAGCCAGCCGGAGUGCUCCAUCUGCUACAACACCUACGACAACGUCUUCAAAACACCCAAGCUGCUGGAGUGCACCCACACCUUUUGCCUGGAGUGCCUGUCCCGCCUCAUGGCCGUCUCCCUGACCGAUCAGGACGAGGGCGCUGGCAGCACACGCCUCUCUUGCCCCUUCUGCCGCCAUCCCACUAUGCUGCCAGAGGACGGCCCCCCCGCCCUGGCCACCAGCCGGGAGGUCCUCUGCAAACUGCCCAGCCACCAGCAGCAGGAGGAGCCGGUGUGGCUGGAGGGGGAGAAGCUGUGCUACAAGACCUCCAGACAGGACGCCCUAUCCGGAGCGCCUGACAGCCCCACGGCCUUCUGCAUCUGCAUCGACAUCGGGGCCAGUAAGUCAGCGGACGCUCCGGUCCAGACCAGGCGCCGGAGCUCGGGUCUGAUGGGCCGACUGGCAGACUGGAAGAGGAUGGUGCUGUUCGUGGUGCUCAUGGUGCUGCUGGUCAUAGUGGUGCUGUGGCCUCUGCAGUGUGUGUUCACCACCGGAAACAUGCGCUGCAUGAGAAACGGACCCCACAUCAGCACCACGGCAACCACCACCACGACCAUUGGCCCGUCGAUAAGCAGGUCCGGCCUGAAAGGAUGAGCAGCUCAACUUACAGAACUUCACCAUGACACGUUCUUUUGAAGAGUUGCAUUCUGGGUAAUUAGUGUCUGCUGCCUCUGAUGCUGUAGCUGGGACCGGACCUGGUUCCCCUGCAGCGAUGACUGAAGGGCUUUUCACUGAUUCACUCAGACUUUACAGCUCCAUUUCUGUCAACAUUUCCCUUUUAAAAUGGCUGCAUCGCCAAGGAGUAGAUAAAACUUUGACACAUUUGCACUUUGACCCGAGCUUGUAUUCUGAGAUAAGAACAUCUGACUGGUUCUGUUUGGUACCGAUGUAGAACCCUGAAGUCCAGGCCAAACGGCUCAGCACAUUUACUGAGCCAGUGUGGAAAUGUGAACUUUGUUGGAUGGGAUCCACAUGUGUAUAAAUGACAAAUGUGUAUAAUGUGACUGAUUGUGACUUUUGAUACAUCUUUGUUUACAAAACUACAAUUAAAAGUGAAGUAGUCUGUG